AUGUUACUUAGCUGGCUGGUCGGAGUCUUCGAUCUCAUGUCUUUUCCAGUUGAUGCCACUAAAGCGUAUGUGACCAAAGUGGAUCCCAUGGCAGAAAACCUCACCUAUAGUGGCAUUGUCAUUGAAAAAAUGGAAGGGUUCACGGGACGGUCACAGACGGAGUGUAUCCGUUACAAAGCCAAGUGCGAUGAGUUCAUGAAGUGUUUUGGAAACUGUGCAGAUUUUCUGAUUCGUGCCAGCGAUCUGAAUGAUGUGGACGAAGAACGACUGACUGACGAUCAGAAAAAAGCAGCUCAGAAUAUUCAGACAAAUCCGUGUGUUGGAAUGUUCGCUUACUGCCUAUCUGUCGACUACUUCAAACUAGCCCAUGUACUCCAGCUCACUACACCUGACGCUUUCUAA